CGAGGCUGCUCCGGGGCGCCGGGCCCUCCUCGGCCGCGGCACGGCCGGGGCUCGGCGGCGGCCGGCGGCAGCGAGGCCGGGAGCGCGGCGGCGCCGCCACAAGUUGCGCGGCGGGCGGCGAGGUAACUGAAGACCGAAAACAAGCCCAAGAAUAAAGCCUCGAAGGAAGGAGGGAUUUGCCUGCAUUUGGCUCUGAGCAGGUCCUGGCAGACACUUUGCAGUUAGUACGAUCGGAUGCUGGGGAGCUCACUGGUUCAAAGGUCUACACAUGAAGUCACCAUAAAGAGGGUGGCUCCCGCAUCAUACAGACCUCAUCGCCGCGAGGUGAGGCUAAGAUGAGCAUAACCAGUGACGAGGUGAACUUCCUGGUGUAUCGCUAUCUCCAGGAAUCAGGUUUUUCCCACUCGGCGUUCACGUUCGGUAUUGAGAGCCACAUCAGCCAGUCCAACAUCAAUGGGACGCUAGUGCCGCCGGCGGCCCUCAUCUCCAUCCUGCAGAAGGGACUGCAGUAUGUGGAGGCCGAGAUCAGCAUCAACGAGGAUGGCACGGUGUUUGACGGCCGCCCCAUAGAGUCCCUGUCCCUGAUCGACGCUGUGAUGCCCGACGUGGUGCAGACACGGCAGCAGGCCUUCCGGGAGAAGCUCGCGCAGCAGCAGCAGGCCAGUGCGGCGGCGGCGGCGGCGGCAGCGGCGGCGGCGACAGCGGCCCCGGCAGCCCCGGCGGCUGUUGCCCAGCAGCACCCACCAAAGAACGGGGAGGCCGCGGUGAAUGGGGAGGAGAACGGAGCACACGCAAUAAAUAAUCAUUCGAAACCAAUGGAAAUAGAUGGGGACGUUGAGAUUCCACCCAACAAAGCCACAGUCCUUCGGGGCCAUGAGUCUGAGGUGUUCAUUUGUGCCUGGAACCCUGUCAGUGAUCUCCUAGCUUCAGGAUCCGGAGACUCGACGGCAAGGAUAUGGAACCUUAAUGAAAACAGCAAUGGGGGCUCCACCCAGCUCGUGUUGAGGCACUGUAUACGAGAAGGGGGGCAUGAUGUCCCGAGUAAUAAAGACGUGACCUCCCUGGACUGGAAUAGCGACGGGACGCUGCUGGCUACUGGUUCCUAUGACGGCUUUGCAAGAAUAUGGACGGAAGACGGCAACCUGGCCAGCACGUUAGGACAGCACAAAGGCCCCAUCUUCGCCUUGAAGUGGAACAAAAAGGGGAAUUACAUUUUGAGCGCCGGUGUAGACAAAACCACAAUAAUUUGGGAUGCCCACACAGGAGAAGCCAAACAACAGUUUCCGUUUCAUUCCGCCCCCGCUCUCGAUGUCGACUGGCAAAACAACACUACCUUCGCCUCCUGUAGCACGGACAUGUGCAUUCACGUCUGCAGACUCGGCUGUGACCGCCCUGUCAAAACCUUCCAAGGACACACAAAUGAGGUCAAUGCCAUCAAAUGGGAUCCUUCUGGAAUGCUGCUAGCAUCCUGCUCUGAUGACAUGACAUUAAAGAUCUGGAGUAUGAAGCAGGACACGUGUGUCCAUGACCUUCAGGCUCACAGCAAAGAGAUAUAUACCAUAAAGUGGAGUCCUACCGGGCCAGCCACCAGCAACCCCAAUUCCAACAUCAUGCUAGCAAGUGCUUCGUUUGAUUCUACGGUUCGACUGUGGGAUGUGGAGCGGGGCGUCUGCAUCCACACGCUCACCAAACACCAGGAACCUGUCUACAGCGUAGCUUUUAGCCCCGACGGGAAGUAUUUGGCCAGUGGCUCCUUUGACAAGUGUGUGCAUAUCUGGAAUACUCAGAGUGGAAGUCUCGUGCACAGCUACCGAGGCACCGGCGGGAUCUUCGAGGUGUGCUGGAACGCCCGAGGCGACAAAGUGGGCGCCAGUGCGUCCGACGGCUCUGUGUGUGUUUUAGAUCUUCGAAAGUAAACACAAAAUAUUAUAGAAAAGAAUUCUAAUGGACCAGCAGUGAAUGUGUGGGGUUGCAGCGCGCGUCAGACACAGUUCUAUCUGCUCCAAAACUGUACGAACUUGACUUGCAUUAGAGUGUACUUGGAAACGAACUCAUCCCUGGCCACAGGAGUCUCUAUUUUUUCGUAACUUUCAUCAAGAAGUUUAAGAAACAUACAGUCCUAUCAAAGCGGGAAAGAAUGGUUCCCACCCAGAACAUUCAGCCUGGGAAGCACGAAGCCACCAGCUAAACGGUGCACGGUUUGGUUUCCAUCCAGAACAGGCUCUGAUGGCAGAGAGGAGAAAACAAGAAGGAAAAGGAAAACAGGAAGGAAGAAGAAAAAAAAAAAAAAGCUGUGCCAAAAAAAAAAAAAAAAAAAAAGGAAAAACAAGAAAAAUGCUGUGAUAAACCAAAAGGGGGGAGGGGACUCUCCUCCACGUGGCGGGUUUGUUUUUUCCCUAACAAUUUGGACACUACAGUUGUUCUCACAAAGGAUGUUCAGAGACCAGUUUGUACCGAUGAAAUGCGCAACUUUGUAAUCCCAACACUUUCUAUUUUCUAGAAUCUCCUUUGUCCGGUGGUUUUUCUAUUGGCUGGAAUCCUGUCGUCUCGGGGCCUUCAGUCUGAGAUGGAAAGUGUUUCUGGUUUGUUGCUUCCUUCCCGUUGUCUGCCCCGUGCACCUUCCUCCUCCGCUCCGUGUGGUCUUGGUUCGCAGUCCACCCUCAGUAGAUGCAGCCUCAUGGACACCAUGACAGACUCUGUGACGGACAGCUUCCCCGUCCCCCCCCCCCCGGCUCCCCCCCCCCAUGGCCCCUCGCUCACUCUCUCUCUCCCUUUCUCAUACUUGCUUUGGAUCUUAGGUCUCAAGGGCACUUUCGGCGCGUAAUAAGUGCUUUAUGUAAGAAGGCAGGACAGGGGGACUUUUUACAGGAGAAAAAAAAAAUACUUAUAAGAGAGAGAGCCCGGAGUAUUUUUGGAAAAAAAAAAUAUUUUUAUGUUAAAACAAUUUUAAAAUCCUAAAAAUGGCCAUCAGACAUAGAGAGCUUUGUGUGAUUCAUAUUUUAAACAAAUUUUAGGAAGACACAGGCAGGGUCUGAGGUAGCAUUUCCCUUCAGCUUCAUGAAAAUGGUUGGAACUCUGGGUGGAAAGGCUGGUCCUGUGGCUCGGUCGCGGGCGUGUUCCGCAGCCAGAGAGUAAAAUCCCAGCGCUCUGUGGUUCGAAGAAGAGCACCGCGUCGGUCAGGGUUGCGUUCACCCUCGUAGCCGCGGGAGAGCAGCGAAGAACAGUGCCCUCUGACCCCCAGGAGCGUUCCCCAGACCAAACGGUAUUGAAGAAGCCAUCACAGCCGCCCUCUGGGCUCGAUGUCCCUGCGACAUCCCGGUCACGGCGCCAUAAAUAACCGCUGGUCACUCACCCAGAGCAGGGUGGCCGGUCCUUGCAAAGCUGACGUGAAAGCCUCCAGGAUCCCACCUGGUCUGACAGGGACAAGAAGGAAUGGGGAAGCAAGAUUUUCAAUCCCGAGGGUGAAUUUCCUAGGUAGACGUCACUAAUAAUUUCUGCUGUCUUCAUAAUUUCUUUCUCUCACAGGAGACUAGGAGAAAGAGCCUUUUUUUUUUUUUUAAAUAAUGAAUCUUUUUACUGUUUUUAAAAAAUUAAACAUGGCUUUGUGUCGCUAGAGGAGUUUCCUUUCAUUGGACCAGGUGACCUUUGUACUCUGGUUGUCAUAACCCGACACUGACCUGUUGUGUUAAUCAGCAGUGGGGAAGGACGGCUAGGUAAGUCCUCUUGCCUCCUCUGUUUUCCAGCGGCCGAGGACGGGAGGAUGACGUUGGCCUGGCCCGGGGGCGGGGUCUGGCGGUGGGCAGGCUUCAGCCGGGUGUGUGUGCCAGCGACGAGACCGGAGGUGAUCGAGAGGGUGGCAUCUAUCCAUGCAGCCAAAACCCAACUGGCAGGCAGGGCAAGGGCCGGACUAGGCCGCCACCAGGUACAAGAACCAGUGCGUUCAUCCCUCUCAGACCAGUUGGCCUCCACUUGGAUAUCUUGAGUCAUUCCUGCCCGCUCGGAUAUGGGGAAGACCAAAACGUGCUCUGUGUACGACUUGGGUAUUUUGUUCAGGCUCUGUUGCCUCGACGUUUGGCCCAGAGGUCAGAGCUCCACGGCGUCCCCAUUCCCAUCUUUGGAAGGCAGCAGAUGAUAAUUCACUCACUGCCUGCCCCAAGAAAUCAGUAGGUUUGGGAUGCAGUUUGUUGGGGGUCAAGACUGACCCCGCCUUGAUCCCUUUGACCCCAAAGUAAAAUGUCAUCGCUACAGAGCAGAAGUUGAGGGGUGGCCAUGGUCAGGACAUGACUCAUGUUUGACCAUCCAAACACCGUUGGGUGGCCGUGGCGGGACAUCCUCUAAGGGGGGCUCACUGGAUGAUCUUCACGUGCAGGUCAGGAGCCAGGGUCUCGCAGGCUUUAGCCUCUAGACAAGUCUGAAUCACUUGGGAAUGGCCAGACGGGGGCUGAGGGCUGAGGGCUUGAGCCCUGCACAGCCAUCGGCGAGGAGGGACCCGCCGUGAGCGUGUGGGCAGCGCCCCGGGGAUCCAUCCCCAUCCUCGGCCCGAUGGCAGCGAUGUGUGGCGCCUCCGACCUUGGCCCUGCUGCCCGCCAGCUGACAGACGCCCCUCUCCUCGAGGGAUGGCCCACGUGCGAAGUCCGUGCUCGCCGUGGUUGACAGCGCUUCAGGAUUGUGGGUAGAUGCCGAAGUCUUAGCGACCAAACUUCACCUUGAUUCCGAAAGCAGAGUAACACAACCAGCCUUCCCGGAAUCUUCCAUCGGGUUUCGAGUGACCAAGAGCAUGUCCCGCACACACACUUGGCCAAGGGAUGCCGCCCCCUGGGAGACCGAAAGGCCAGACGUUUCAGGGUUCAACCCUCUGACCCCACACGACACCUAGGACUUGACGUUCGUUUUGUCUUUCUAAAACUAGAUCACGGAGCCAAGUGAAGUGCACUUUGUCAAAUGUAAGGGUCUGCGUUGUUCCUUGUUAUUUUUAACCUUCUGUUCCACUUUUUUUUUUUUUAAAUCGUGUUUCUUGUCCAAUGCAGAAAUGUUCCUUCCGCCACUCACUGAAGUUUUGAAUUCUGGCUUCUGCAGUUUUUAUUGUCUGUGUCAGACGUACAGCCAGACGUCCUCUGUCUGCAUUUUCUAGAUUCUGUUCCGUGCACAUCGACCCCCGUUCUGUUCUCUUCCACCCCCACUCACCCUCACGCUCUCUGAGAAAAAGAAUCACCUUGUGUGUCGUAGCUCAUUUGUUUCAAGAGAGAAUCAACAGAUCAUACUCAGUGUCUUGAAUAAAUCGCUCUAUUUUGAUAUUAGAGAA